GUAACUUAAAGAUGACCCAUAUAUCUGUUGAACACAUUCUGUUUAAUGAACAAAUAAGAGUCGUUAUCUCGUGAUAUUGUAUCAUUCGUUCAUGAUAGCCUUGUAUUGACUUAUAAACAAAUCGUUUAAAUGGUAAAAUUUUGUAAAUGAUGAAAGUGCUAUUAACUGCAUCAACUUGAAUAGGAAUCGAUGUUUGACUGUAUUAAUUUCAUGAUAAGAAAUAUUUAUGUCCGAUUACUAGCGUGGAAAAAAUAUGUUUUAAGUACGCUAUAACCCCAAAUUUAUACUUUCGAACAACACAAAUAAGUAUUAUCUGAUAACAAGUUGUACAUGCAGUUAAUCGUACGUUCUGCUGGCCAGUAAAUAUAAAUAAAUAUCUCUACUGGUCUCUACCACAGUUCACAGGACAUAAUAAAUAUAAAAAAAGUUUGUUAUAUGAAUGUAUAUGUAUAUUUAUAUUUUUCAGUAAACCAGGGAAUGUGCAGACACAGUUCAAAGAAUUUUCGUUAUUUAUUACAGUUUUAUAAUUUUUCGAACUGUGCACUUUCUCUAAUUUACUUUAUUUAGUCGUUCAAAGCAAUUUGAAAUACCCGCCUCUAUACACGCGCAUGGGCUCCUUUGCUUUAGCUGUAAGUAAAAGACGCCAUCAUGCUAUAAAUGGUUUAGAGGUUCGGAAACAAUACUCUAGAGUACUCUAGUGGUGUGCAACGUAGUUUUUCAUUGGAUCCAAGCUCUAUUCUAUUAUUUUUGUAUACUUAAUCUAUGGUAGAAGACAAGUCGAGCUCGAGCAUAGUUCGUCGCGUGGUAUAUCGUGGUAUAAUAGGUCAAUGGAAAUAAUUCGGAGCGUAUAGUCUGACUGAAAUUUGAAAGAAUGUGGCUGGAAGAAUGCGACAGUUUCGCGGAAUUGUGUCGAGGAUAUCUACCGUACUAUUUAUUAAUAAUUCUACCGAUCUUCAUUAUUAUUUCUCCGGUUAAUCCAGUCGCGGCAUCGCAUGAAUUCCCUGUAUAUCGUAUGCACCAGUAUGACUUGCACGGUGAACCUCACGGUUGCCGCAGUGCCCCUAUUUCCUUGGAGGCGAGAUCUCUUACCGGUUGGAGCACUUCUAGACACUGCGUGAUUACCAAAGCCUUGGAUCUUACGCCGACUCUUUUCUACUCCAUCAAGCAGAAAGCGGGAGCCUUAAUCGUAGUUCUACCAGAAAAAAUUGCUGAAUUGACGGAGGAGGAGAAACAGCAUAUCAUGAGUCUGGAAGAGUCUAUGAUGUUCGGACCUGAAACAACCAUACCGGUAUAUUUCGCUUCGUGGCAUCCGGAUCUUCAGACUAUUUUAGACGACCUCGCCAAUGGAUUUAUCACGGAUGAAAAAGCUGGUUCUGCUGCAGAGGCAAUCUUUAAUUCUAUAUCUGCCAGUGGUUACCAAGUGGUGGUACCCACUGGACAGGCAUUGGCUAAGACGGAUGUUAAAGUAGCUACUUUGCAUGGAAAGUUAAGUGGCACCAGGGCAGAGGACAAACUGCCCACGAUUGCCUUGGUAACCCAUUACGAUAGCACAGGGGUUGCACCCGAAUUGUCAUUUGGGGCAGAAAGUAAUGCAUCCGGAAUGGCUAUGUUGUUAGAAAUAGCCCGAUUGUUCUCUACGUUAUACUCUACUAGCAGAUCAAGGCCACAAUACAACCUUGUCUUUAUAGUAACCGGAGCUGGAAAGCUUAAUUACCAAGGCAGUAAAAAGUGGUUAGAGGAUCAGCUAGAUGGUCUCGAAGGCUCCAUAAUACAAGAUGCAGCUUAUGUCGUUUGCUUCGAUACGGUGUCUACCAGCAAUAAUAUUUACGUGCACGUUUCGAAACCGCCGAAAGAAAAUUCUACGGGUGGUCUCUUUUACAAAGAACUUAAAGCCGUAUCUGACUCGUUGAACGGCACCACCGUCGAAGGUGUACACAAAAAAAUAAAUCUGGCUGACAAAUCGCUGGCUUGGGAACAUGAAAGAUACAGCAUGCGAAGAUUGCCAGCGACGACUUUAUCUACUUUAAAGAGCCACGAAGAUCCGAUUAGAACGACAAUCUUAGAUUUAAUGCAAACAGAACAAAUAGAUAGGUUGCACAAACACACUCAAGUAGUCGCGGAAGCGUUAGCGAGACAUAUAUAUAAUUUGAGUUCUAGUCAAAUUUUCACAGAUUCACUGGAUGUAUCGAAAGAAUCAUUAUCUCUAUGGUUUAGUUACUUAGCGUCUCAACCAAGGGCAGCUCCCUUAUUGGCAGACAAACAUAACACGUUAAUAGGAACGCUGAAGGAGACGAUGGCUCGGUAUCUUGGAGAUGUUAAAGUUACCUUGCAUAGUCCUGACAAACAGGAUCCAGAAUUCGUAUUUUACGAUGUAACGAAAGCUACCCUGAACGUAUACAGUGUAAAACCCGCUGUAUUCGAUCUCUUUCUCACAAUUGCCAUCAUUGUAUACUUGGGGAUACUUUACGUAAUCAUACACAAUUUCCCGCGCGCGUAUUCUGUAGUGACUCACUUCUCGGUCAAAAAUAAAACAUCGUGAAAUUGUUAUCGAA